UCCAUGUUUGUGUCAUAUGUGAAUUGAAUCUGUGUGGACUGUGUGUUGAUUUUUAUCAAUCAGGAUUAGUGUGAGGUGAAGAAAGACGCUGUAUUAUAAAUAUUUUCUUUUUACAGAUGAUAAUUAUCUGUUUGUGUUAAAUGUAGUUUUUCGACUAAAAAAUACAAUGAACGACCUCCAGUAUCUCAUCGAUAGACAAUUUGGCAUAAGCAGCCGCUAUAACUACGACAACGUGCUCAAGCGACUGGUGGUGAACGGUGCGGAGUGUUUUUACGGGCUGCAGCCUUCGAGUGCGGUUCCCGCAGCCUCACUCGAUCAGCAGGACCCACCAAUCUUUGCAUGCCGAUUCUCUGAGGCUGCCGGCUAUGAAAACAUCUUAGCCUUAGCUAAUGAAGACGGGAAAGUGGCUAUUCAGGAUACUUCAAAGAUAAGCUUCACAGGAGCCCUAGAAAGCUUCCAGUGCCACAACAAUGCAGUGUUUGACUUGGCCUGGGCACCUCGCUCCCUCAGCUUUGUUACUGUCUCAGGAGAUCAUACAGCCAGUUUAUGGGAUGUGUCUGAGAGCACUCCAAAGCGUGUCCUCGUAUUCUCCAACCACACACGCUCAGUCAAGACAGCUGUUUUCCGCCCUAACGAGCCCUCGGUUUUUGCUACGGGGGCUCGAGAUGGACACAUCCUUGUUUGGGAUGUGAGGUGCGGGCAACCCGCUGUUGUUGUUAAACCCGACAACUGCCUCAUGAACUGCCACUCCUCGUUCACACCAAAAACACCAGGUUCACAUACCAAAAGGCCCCGACUUGAUAACCAUAGGUCCAUCAGCAUCACUGGUCUAGUUUUUCAAGACGACACAACCCUAAUAUCAUGCGGCGAAUGCGACGGUAACAUCAAGGUGUGGGAUUUAAGAAAGAAUUAUACUAUUUAUAAAAGAGAACCACUACCAAAACAUUCUAUACCAUAUUGUGGAAGUUCGACAAAGAAUGGUUACACAAAUCUCAUCAUUGACGAUGCUAGGAUGAGACUCUACGCCAGCUGCAUGGAUAACGUAAUUUACUGCUUUAAUAUUUCAACGUAUAAUUCGCUGCCAGAGCAAAGAUACGUCGGCCAUGAAAAUAGCACAUUUUACAUUAAAACUAGUCUUAGCCCUGACAGUAUGUAUUUAGUUUCAGGCAGUAGCGAUAAGAACGCUUACAUUUGGAAUGUAAAAUACUCUGAGCCGGUUGUAAAGUUGGUUGGACACUGGGCCGAGGUCACGUGCCCUGCGUGGUGUCAGAAGGGUGACAUGAAGAUCGUCACUUGCAGUGACGACGCACGACACAAGAUCUGGAGAAUAGGGAAAGAGUUUGUAUCGGAUCAUGAACGGAACAUAGAACUGAAGGGGCACGCCGAGGUCGUCCCAAGGACUGACAUAACCACUCUACCAAAGUGGGGCACUCUGGACCGAACACCCAGCUCAUUAAAGCGGAAAUUGGUGACAACUCCAGGCUCAUAUAGCUCUAAACGCAUGCGUUCAGACAGUACUUCAAUAAGAAAAACUAAGAGAUGUUUAACAGAUCUGAUGAACGUUUCCAGAGAGGCAGAUGAUGCCGAAAUCCUAGUUAAGCGGUUAAAGCUGGAUAUGGUCCCUGAGGAUGACGAGCCGAAGUUGCUUCCUGCCGGCAUUAAGAGGCACAGUGAUGUGUUAGACAACACCAGUUCUGUACCCUUAUCCUUUGAUUCAGGUCAAAUGUCGAGUGAUUGGAACUAUAUAGCACCGAAAGCUGGCACUUCAUUUAUGACACCCACCAAAAACUAUGAAAAGAAGGUAUUCAGGAAACUGUCUCCAAAAUCACCUAAGACUAUCACGCCACCUUCAAUGCCUAGUUGUUCACCAGUAAGCGUUUCUCCUACUAAACUUAGAAUAAUAAGUUUCAAUACUCCCACAAAAAAUUUACCUAAUUUUGUUCUUGAUGGACAAGCUCCACAUUUAAGACUGAUGUCACCUGUCAAGAAGAAACAGGACACCACUAACUGGCUCACACGUAUCGUGCGAGAAAAAAAAGGAAAAAAUGGCAAUCCGGAAGACGUGGUUGCGCCGCUUAGUCCUAAAGAGAAUAUACCUGUUAGAAGGAAUUCAGUAACAGAAAAAACACCCAAAUCUGGCAAAAAAUCUAGAACGCUGCUAACGUAUUUCUCAGUUGCCAAUAAAGAUAAAUAAAGUCAUCAUAUCAUACACAGAUUCUGUGAUGUAUAUCGCAGAGAUGUUAAUUUGAAUAUCUGUGAAAAAUUACCUUUAUAACAAUAUUCCUAUAUAUUGAUCUAGAAUUCUAGACAAUUAGAAAAGGUUGCGCUUGAUAGUCAGGCCCCACAUCUAAGACUAGUUAUUAGGUACCAAGCUGUAUAAAAAUAAUUACCACGAAUAUACUGGCCGCCGAUAUUUGCCCUAUUUUAGACAUCGAGUAUUGGUCUCGAAGUCGCAUGAGCGUGUUCCUAGUAAAAUAGUUUAUACACUACUAAUGUAAAGUGGAGUUCAAUAGAAAUAGCAAAUAAUGUAAAUGAAUACGUAAAUUUUUGUUAAAAAGCUACAGGGACGCAUAUAUUUUUUCUUUCGGAGCAAUUAUUUCUGAAAUUAUUAUCAUCAAAAAAUAGUUGUUGGAGACCAUUAUUCGUUUUUAAAGACCUAUUCAACGACAACGGCAACCCACGCCAUAAGGUUAAAGCAAAAAGGUUAAGGUUAAAGAACAUGGCACUUAGCUUAUCCUGGCACGGCCUUUCUGGCGAAGUCAAUUUUAUAUUUAAUGACUAUAUGUGUAUUUAGCAAACACAUGUUGGCCCGAAACGAAGACUUAGGUAUUUUAGAAUUAAAUCAAAAUAGAAAGUACUAAGCCCCCUUUUAUACGAAAUGAACUGAUAUUGUGAUUAAUGCUAAUUUGAUGAGUAAGAGAGCUUUUUAGUUAUAACCAAGCAUUUUAUUGAGGAACGUAAGUAAUUAUUUAAGCGCAUAGAAUAGAAUGGACUAUGAGUAGGUAGGUAUGAAUGUACGUGAAAAAAUAUUUGUUCCUCAUCGGAAAUUUUAUUUAAAUAUAGUUUUGUGUAUAAUUAAU